CUCUCACUUUCCUCUCUUUCUCUCUCUAAAAUUCCUAACAUUGUUCCCAUAUUUGGUUCUAUAUAUAGAUUUUCAGUGUUGUAGGCUAGUGAUUGGUUUUUGAGAUUUUUUGGGUGGGAUUGAUUGACACAGCUAUGAGGAAGCUUAUGGGUUUAUGGGUUCUAUUUGUUGUUGGGUUUGUUAGCAAAUGUGUAGAUGGGUUUGAGUAUUUCAAUCUGACAGAGCUUCGAUUUGAAUCUUUCUAUGGAGUCUCUGCUUCCGACGGUAAUAAUCGUCUCACCGUCGGUCUUACCCUCAUUCAAGGUGCUGCUGCCAAAGGCGCUGUAUGUUUGGAUGGAACAUUACCUGGUUAUCAUUUCCACCGUGGAUAUGAUUCAGGAGCAAACAGUUGGCUCAUUCAAUUGGAGGGUGGAGGAUGGUGUAAUGCCAUACGAUCUUGUGUUUACCGCAAAACGACUCGGCGUGGAUCAUCAACUUACAUGGAAAAGCAGAUACCAUUUACAGGAAUACUUAGCAAUAAGGCCGAAGAAAAUCCAGAUUUUUUCAAUUGGAGUAGAGUAAAGGUUCGUUAUUGUGAUGGUGCCUCCUUUGCUGGGGAUAGUGAAGAUAAGGCUGCACAACUGGAAUUUAGAGGGCAACGCAUAUGGUCAGCUGCUAUGGAAGAUUUAAUGUCAAGGGGGAUGAGCAAUGCUGACCAGGCUCUUCUUUCAGGGUGUUCUGCUGGGGGCUUGGCUUCUAUAUUAACAGAAAAAGUCAAGAAAUGCUUCACCGGUUGUAAGCAGACAGAUGGUGGUGAUGGUGUAAAGUCACUGAAUUACAAGCCGACAGAUGGCAAUGACGUUGUAAAGUCACUUAAGAACUGUAUGUAUUACAGUGACAUGAGUGACGAGCAGAGGAAUGAGAUGAUAACUUCGGCAAUCAGCUACUGCAAGUUACUGUGGGAACUGGAAGGGGUGCAAAAGAAUCUUCCAAGUACUUGUACUGAGAAUCUUGAUCCGACUUCGUGCUUCUUCCCCGAGAACUUAAUUGCCAAUGUCAAAACCCCUCUAUUUAUUCUCAAUGCAGCCUAUGAUUCAUGGCAGGUCCAGGCCAGUUUAGCUCCUGUAUCAGCUGAUCCUAGUGGCAGUUGGCGUGACUGCAAAAUGAAUCACGCAAGUUGUUCAGAAUCACAGAUCCAGUUUCUGCAAGACUUCAGAAAUCAUAUGCUGAAUGCAAUAGAGGGAUUCUCAACGUCCGAGGAAAAUGGGUUAUUCAUAAAUUCAUGUUUUGCUCACUGCCAAACAGAGAGGCAGGAUACAUGGUUUGCUGAUGAUUCACCUCUUGUUGGCAAUAAGGGGAUCGCGCUAUCUGUUGGAGAUUGGUAUUUUGAUCGAUCAAGCGUUAAGGCCAUCGACUGUGCAUACCCCUGUGACAAAACUUGUCACAAUCUGAUUUUCAAAUAAGUUAGCAACAUAUAUGUAUUUAUUAUUAUUAUUAUUAUUUUUAAUUUCAUUGGCACAUUUAUGUUGUCAUCUUAGUGAGUUAUCUCAGCUCCCAUUCAGAAAGCUAGCAAUUUUUAAUCUUCAUUAAAGACAAUAAAAUUGCAAUUCGUCGAGUAAGUGCACAUGAUUUAUAUACUUAAUUUUCUUUCUUCUAUUUUAGAGUAGUGUAAUUCUGAAUCUCUGAUAAGCAUGUGUUAUGCUUGUGGAACUUACAUAAGCAUUCCUGCUACUCUAUAUAUUUAUCUCUGUAGUAUGACUUUGUAAUUUUUAACAAAGUUGUUUCAGUGGCUACAAUUAUGAUUUGGUGUAUUAGCUUGAUGUA